CCUCUGAUUGGCGUUGCCAUGGAGAGCGUUGCUACGUGACGCUUCCUGAAGUCCAGGAAGACGCUUCCCUGAGUCGCUGCUGCUGCUAGCUGAAAAAGAAAUGGACGAUAACUUCCAUCUCGGAGACGCUGGGACGGUUAAAAACGUUGCAAAGUCUGGACGAAGAGCCCGCCCUGCAGCAGACCAAUCAUCAUUUGAAGAUUCACGUUACGUAAGGAAGUCAUCCACCUCUGCUUCAGGGGGAGAAGAAUCGCCUGAUGACGCCGAGGGGCCUCCUCCCAAACCGGCCCGGCGGCAGGGCGGCUGGGCAGAAGAAAGCUCUGGGUCCAGUUCUGCCAAAUCUUCAAGAAGACCUGCAGCUGAAGACCUGGAAGACCGCCGCCUUCGACCACAAACACCCCAGGGAUCAGAUGAUGAAGGAGAUAUUCCAGUGAUUCCAGAUCUUGAAGAAGUACAGGAAGAAGAUCUCACCAUGCAAGUUGCAGCUCCACCGAGCAUCCAGGUGAACCGGGUAAUGACCUACAGAGAUCUGGACAAUGAUCUGAAGUGUUACUCUGCGUUCCAGACCUUAGAUGGAGAGAUUGACUUGAGGCUUCUCACCAAGGUUUUAGCUCCUGAGCAGGAGGUGAAAGAGGAUGAUGUGAGCUGGGACUGGGAUCAUCUGUUUACAGAGGUGUCCUCAGAGCUGCUGAUGGAAUGGGAUCAAGGAGAGAGUGAGGAGCAGGCCGCGUUGCCUGUAAUAUGAGGAGGAGGUUUGGAGUGGGACUUUUAAUGGCUCCAGUGGGAACAGGGUGAAUGUUCAUUACACAGAAGGUCCAGUGACUUUGGAUACAGUAACUUUAAUUACUGUUUGUUAUCCAGAAUUUAUAUUUUGUAAAGUGUAUAUACAGUAUUUGUCAUAUUUUCUAAAUAAAGUUCAGUGAACAGUGCA